AGCAUCCUUUCUUUCACGCUCUUCUCUUUAUUCCUUUUCCUUGCACCAUACAUUGUAUUCGUAUGUAUGCCAGAAGCCAGAUGAAAGCUUCAACGAUUUUUCGGUUAUUUAUCUGCGGUCGGCGACAGUGAGAAAACGCUAGUGUAAUUUUCGUUUACUUCAUCAAGCUCAAGGUGUGUUUGUCGGUUGUGUUUUAUAAUUAAAAUAAUCGUGUAUUUGUAUUUAAAAAACACUCGCACUUAGUUCGUUAUGCGUAAUUAAUCAGUCGGCGUUUAUUGAACUCAACGUUUCCGUUCACAAGCAAGUAUUGUUUUCGCUAGUCGCACAAGCAAACCCGUUAUUAUGAUUCAUCAUCUAGCAUUAUUCGUUUACUUACUGCAGCUUGUAAGUAGCCAAAACACGCCAGUACCAAACAUCGUAGAAGUUAGUCCUGUAUUAGUAAAAGAUGUCAACGAGACUGUAGAUUUGUAUUGUAAAGUGAAAGAUUUACGCGACGCUAGCCUGUUAUGGGGCAGACAAAAAGGUGAUCGCACAACUACCUUAUGGGGCUCAGGACAGAAAUUCGUCAAGGAUGACCGAAUCACCGUUCAAACCGAUAACUCUACUCUGUUCACAUCUACAACUUUACGUAUUACCAAUGUCCAAACCAAAGAUGCUGGAACUUACCGUUGCUCGAUACCUUCGGAAAACGGCGAAGAUGUAUCGAGAGAUAUCACGUUGCAAGUACGCUCUCCUCCUUUCAUCUUCGGCAACACAUCAACUUCGGUAAACACUUCACUCAACAGUAGCGUAACUUUGGAGUGUUACGGUGGCGGUUAUCCCGAACCGGAGGUUAUUUGGACUCGCGAAAACAACGGAGUUUUACCCAACGGUGUUACUUCGUAUCGGGGCAGUACAUUGAAGAUCAACAACGUGCAAAAAGAUCACGCCGGAAAUUAUUACUGUACAGUCGACAAUAAAGUUAGCCAGAGUGCGAAGAAAACCAUUCGUUUGGAAGUCGAAUACCCACCGAUUGUUAAACCUCGCGAACUUCGUGUCGGACAAGCUCUCGGAUACGAAGCUUAUUUAGAAUGUACCAUCGAAAGCGUUCCGGCUGUACAGAUCACGUGGCUUCGUGAUAACAUUCCGAUUUCUGAUAGUCAAUAUUAUACUCAGACUCAAGCCGCUAUCCAAGAACCUGUAAGAUCAGCUGUGUUGAAAGUUAAAGUCACCGAACGUAAGCAGUACGGUUCGUAUACUUGCGUAGCUUCGAGUAAAAUAGGCAAAGGUGCAGCUAAUAUCGACUUGUAUCAAACCGAAAAGGAAAACUGCGCUCGUCAUUGCCAAACUAGCUCUGGUCAUUCUAUUAUCAAUAUGUUCGAUUUAAAACUAGGGUUUACCAGUGUGGUGGUAUUAAUGUUCCAGUUGCACCAUAUGUAAAUUAAUCGCUUUUGUAGAUUUUACUCUCCUUAAACGUGUUUCGCUUUUAUCGCUCAGUAUGAUAUGUAUUUGUAUAGUUUGUGUAGUCAUAAAAAAUGUUGUACAAAUUGUAAAUAUCUCCGUCCUCAUUGAGAACGAAUCAUCACACACUUGAGAAGAAUUGCAUUUAUUUUAGCUUUAAUACGAGUAUUGUAAGGUUUUAUUAUUUUUUUUUAAAUUUCUCAGUUUUCCUAGACGAAUGAAUCUCGUUUUUUAAUUUUAUUGUUGUGCGAGUAAUAACUUUCCUAACUAAUAUUAUCUAGACGAUAUUUAAUUUGAACGAAGUUACAUUUUAUUAUUUUAUAAGGUUUUUAAUUUCCUAUAUUUAUAUAUUCCACGGAUGAAUUUAUUUUAUAGUGAGUGAUGCGGUCUGCGAAAUAUUUCGCAAUAAUCGUACGUGUUGCGGCGAUUCUGUUCGAUACAGACAUAUCUUCGCCAUUGAUGUGGGCCAAAAUGGUUUAAUUACGUAAAACAUAAUAAGUAUUAUUAUUUACAUCUGACAAGUGAAGCUCGGUAAUUUUUUUUUUACAUUUUUAAAUUUGAAAUUGAUGAGCAAUUUUUAAUCGAACAAUAUUACGGUAUUUAUUAGGAUUAAAACUAGUACCAUGAAGACUGAAAGAAGAAUUUUAAUUUUAACAAAACAAGAUAUUAUUGUAUUGUUUCCUUAUUAUAUUUUUUUAGAUCCUAGCUGAUAAUUUUUUAUACAUUGAUUGUACGUAGUAUUUAAGAUGAAAAAUAAUACAAUACGGCCUUUUAUGAAGAAAAACGAAAAACGCUUUAUUUGUGCUACUUUUUUUUUUCUAGUAUAAACAUGACCUGUGUUUAGUUUACAAUUUUGUACGUUUAUCUGUAGGGUUUUGAUUUGUAAUAAAGUUCAUUCGACUUGCAA